AUGGCUCUGCAGGAUGUGUGCGACUGGCAGGCUCCCGACGCCCAAGGACCAUCGCCUCACCUGCCUCGGGCGGGUGGCUGGGCCGUGCCCCGGGGCUGUGACCCACCAGCCUUCCUGCGGGCUCACGGCCCCCCGCUAGCCCACGGCACCACCACCCUGGCCUUCCGCUUCCGACACGGGGUCAUCGCGGCGGCCGACACGCGCUCCUCCUGCGGCAGCUACGUGGCUUGCCCGGCCUCGCGCAAAGUCAUCCCGGUGCACCAGCACCUCCUGGGCACCACGUCGGGCACCUCCGCCGACUGCGCCGCGUGGUACCGGGUGCUCGGGCGGGAGCUGCGGCUGCGGGCACUGAGAGAGGGUCGCCUGCCCAGUGUGGCGGGCGCGGCCAAGCUCCUGUCCACUCUGAUGGCCCGCUACCGGGGGCUGGAUCUCUGCGUGGCCACCGCCCUGUGCGGCUGGGACCGCUCGGGGCCCGCCCUCUUCUACGUCUACAGCGACGGCACUCGUCUGCAGGGGGACAUCUUCUCGGUGGGCUCGGGGUCCCCCUAUGCCUACGGCGUGCUGGACGGCGGCUACCGCUACGACAUGACCUCCUCAGAGGCCUACGCUCUGGCCCUCCGGGCCGUGGCCCACGCCACCCGUCGGGACGCCUACUCCGGGGGGUCUGUGGACCUCUUCCACGUGCGGGAGAGUGGGUGGACGUGCGUGUCUCGGGGCGACGCCUGCGUGCUGUAUGCAGAGCUGCAGGAGCCCCCGAAGGCCGGGGAGGAGGAGGCCAGCGAGGCCGGGUCGUGA